AAGCACUCAGACAGGCCGUCCCGAAUCGCAGCCGGAGCUUCUCCGACAAUCAGCCAUUCCCACUCAGCACCGCCCAUCGUCUUAGGAGGGAUAAGACCAAGGGUGCCAUCGCCGGGCCCUGCUCUCUCUUUUUCGAGAUGUCAUCUACGUUGGCCGAUCAGGAACCUCAGCCAGAGGAGCAGCAGCAGGAGGCGGAUCAUCAGCCCGACCCUCAAUCCGAUCCCCCUGCAUCGCCAACUGCCUCUCAGCAAGCCACCGCCCACGCCUAUGCCAGCAAUGGACUCCAGGUCCUCCAAGCUGCUUCGGAUGCGGCAGCUGCAGCGGCUAUUCAGAAUGUCCAGCAUCAUCUAAGUACUGUUGCAGCCGCUGCCGCCGAUGAGCAGCAGCUACAGCAACAGCAACAACACGAGUCUCAGCCUAUUGAGGAACAGCAGCAGCAGCAGCAGGAGCAAGAACAGCUGUCGAUGCCCUCGGCCGUCGAGCAGGACCAAGUCCAGCAUCAACCACAUCACCACCAGCCGCCGCUUCCUCCACACACUCCGUCCCAAGCGCCAUCUCACCAGCUUCCGCCACAUGCUUCUCAUGCCUCGACAGUCGCAGGCGCCCCGCCUGCACCUCCACUGGCCACCGAUGGCUCUCUCGGUGCCGUGUCACAGAGCGCCAUGUCCGCCUUCCCUCACGCCUUCGCCCCGAUGCCGCCGAUGCCACGAGACCCGACAGUCAACCCGAAGCUGACCCGCCUUCGACGCGCUUGCGACAUGUGCUCCCAACGUAAGGUUAAGUGCGAUGAGGCCGGUCCGCCGUGUAGACCAUGCUCCGAACUCAACGUCGAAUGCACCUUCAACCGAGAGCUGAAAAGGCGAGGACCUCCGAACAAGCACGCCGAGGCUGCCAGAGCCGCUCGAAGGCAGAGAAUCGAGCCUGGCAUGGGUGGCUCGCCCACCACGGCUGCCUUCACCUCAUAUGGCGCUGCCGUUACACCCUCACCUUCGCCGCACAACGCUGCACAGGCUCUCGUUUCCAUAGCAGAAGGACCGGGCCGUUUGGAUGCAGAGGCCAUCGCACCUCUACCUAUCCUCGAGCUCUUAAUCGACGACUUCUUCACCUAUAUCCACCCGCUCGCUCCGUUCCCUCACGAACCGACUUUCAGACACUCCUUCGCAAACAGAGAGGAUAGGACGAACCCCGAGUUUCUUGGUCUUCUGUCAUCCAUGAUAGCCUCUCUGGUGUCUUCGUUCCCCCGGAGUGCAAGGCAGCAUCUCAAGACCCAACACAGCACCCACCUUUUCCCGAGAGCGAUAGUCAUGAUUGAGAGGUGUCGAGAUAUUGCCCUCGAUACGCGGGGUCCGCGAUGGGCAUUGAAGCAAAAGACGUUGGAUGAUGCGGCUACCAGCUACUUCCUCGGGCUUGCGGCAGGCUACACUUUCCAAGUGCCCCGGUUCCGCUACUUCAUGUCUGAGUGUCUGUCUCUCAUUCGGGAGCUUGGCUUUCACCGGCCCAAACAUCCUAAUGAGCUUCCCACCUUCGGCAACGAUAACUGCUCGCCUGAUCCUUUACCAUUCCACCAUAUCAAGGACCAAAUCGGCAAGCGUAUCUUUUGGUGUCUUCUUCUCGGCGUUAGGUCCUUCUCACAACUAGGCGCUUCCCAUGCUGACUUGGUCAUCGCCCCGUCGACUCCCGGACUGCCGUAUCCUGCCCUGCCCGAAAAUGUCGAUGACCUUUACAUCAUGGCCAACGAAAUCGUGUAUCCGCCGGAAAGCUCUGUCACACUUCUCACUGGUUUCCGAUUUGCCGUCGACAUUUAUACUACCAUGAACGCCAUUGUCAGCGUUGAGCUCGUUUAUGGGAUGAGCACCCUUCCGUGGUCCGAUCAAAGGUCGCUGCUGAGAGACGCCCUCAUCGCCGCCAAGGACAUCAUUGACCGGCUUCCCCCCGAACUUCAGCUCAGUGCUUCUCACGAGCAGUCGAGCGGGUUCGGCACCCUCGAAGAUGCCGAUCUCCAAUACGUACCUCCCGCUUACCCCAGUAGCCAGCCUCCUAACGAUGUUCGAAACGUGAUCAAGAAUCACCCCCAACGACGGCGGCAGCUUCAGUACGAGAUACAGAAGGCUAACAUCUACAUCUCUCAACUGGCCACGCGCUCGUUCUAUGUCGAGCUAUUCUUCAACUUGCGUGACGUCCACAUGUCCGACCCCAACAAAGAAGAGCAAGUUGGGGAUAGCGCUGAGGAACAAGUUGCUAAGGGAGCUGAGGAUGCAGAGGCUGCUCGCGUCUUUGAGUUGAUGACGGCAGAGCGGGAGCUGAUUGUGCAAAACCUCCUCCACGUGCUGGGCUCCAUCUCACAACGCAACCUCGAACCUAACGGCGGUUCGCUGAUUAACAAAGUUCGACAGGUUGCUUCGACUCUCCUAAACGACGCCCCGGAGCGGAAAGGCCCGGUGGCUAUGAAGUCGGAGGAAGCGCUUGUGAAGCUCAUCGACGUCCUUCUUAAGCUUGAAGGAACUGGCCCAAGCGGCAGCAACAUGGCCGGAGAGAACAUGACUCCGCAGGAUGAAGAAGAGGAGAUGCGUAACUGGGCUCAUCUGCGCGACUAUCAGCAGCGCUUUGCUGCGCAUGGUGGUUUUGCUGGAAACAUUUGAUGGGCAAUCGUUGGCGUCUACUUCGCGAAAGGUGGCGAAAUCCGGUUGGGAUGUCUCAAUGUUUGAAGUAUAGGAAGUCUCAAAUCAGAAGGAAAAGAACCGGUAACCGUUACCGUCGUUUAUAAAAUGACUUAUAAGGCGAGGUAGAGAGAUUGGCAGUUGAGGCAGCGGGCCGGAAUGUCAUAUAAUGAAGAUACCAAAUCAUUCGCAUCACAGCUGCUCUCCCUCUCUCUUCCGCACUCACUCACU